AUGGACCAGUGCAGGAGGCUACAAGCACAAGGUGCAAAAUAUAACAAACAAGAAAAUGUGAUUCUAAGCAUGAUCCGGCAACUAGAAGAAAUUAGAGAAAGGGAGCGAACUGAGGCAGCUAUAAACAUUAAAGACCUGGAGGCACAUCUGGUAGACACACGACAACAAAUUUCCCAGAAAGAUCAGAAAAUCCAGUCCUUGAACGAUUGUGUAGCUGUUCUGGAAGCAGAAAGGAAAGAGGAGGGAACUGAGGCACAGUAUAAGAUCAGUGAGCUGGGGAAGCGUCUGGUACAUCAGGCAGCAAACACACAACAUCAGAUUUCCCAGAAAGAUCAGGAAAUCCAGUCCCUAAAGGAUUAUGUAGCUGUUCUGGAAACAGAAAAUAAAGGGAUUUCACAGAAAGAGGAGGAAAUCCAGUCCCUAAAGGCUCGCGUAGCUGUUCUGGAAACAGAAAGGAAAGGUGAGAGAACUGAGUUACAGGAUAAGAUCGAAGAGCUGGAUAAGCGUCUGGUACAUCAGGCGGCAAACUCACAACACCAGAUUUCACAGAAAGAUGAGGAAAUCCAGUCCCUAAAGGCCUGUGUAGCUGUUCUGGAAACAGAAAGGAAAGGGGAGAGAACUGAGGCACAGGAUAAGAUCAAAGACCUGGAGAACCGCCUUGUACAUCAGGCGGCAAACACACAACACCAGAUGUCACAGAAAGAUGAGGAAAUCCAGUCCUUAAAGGCUCGUGUAGCAGUUCUGGAAACAGAAAAGAAAGAAUUAAAUGAGGCCAGGCAUUCUCUGAUUGACCCAAGGCCCUUUAUUCAGGAGCUACAGAAGGUCAAAAAAAUUAACGAAGAGAGAACAGAGCAUCAGCAGAAACUGAUCAUAAAGUUGCAAAAGCAGAUGGAGGCUAACAAGGGGUUUGUGAAGAACCUCAAGGAGGAGCUUACUGAGCAGAUGGAGCCACAUAGCGAAAUGCUCAACAACACUCCUUCUCCAGAAGAUGUAAACAACGAAGCGACAAUUAAGAGGGACCAAUGUGAGCCCAAGCGGCUCCUUAUCGAAUGCACUCGGUCAGACACUGAACAACAGAGGAAGGCUGACAAGAACGCGCCCAAACAGUAUGAAGAGGCUGAAAAGAAUAGGGGACCUGACGUACCGAUGCUGCUCCUGAACGGACGUCCCCUCGAUGAUGAUGUCGAUCACGAUGAGGCUGAGACAAAGAGGGAAACUGACGUACCGAUCCUGCUCCUGAACGGACGUCCCCUCGAUGAUGUUGUCGAGCACGAUGAGGCUAAGACAAAGAGGGAAACUGACGUACCGAUCCUGCUCCUAAACGGGCGUCCCCUCGAUGAUGAUAUAGAGCACGAUGAGGCUGAGACAAAGAGGGAAACUGACGUACCGAUCCUGCUCCUAAACGGGCGUCCCCUCGAUGAUGAUAUAGAGCACGAUGAGGCUGAGACAAAGAGGGAAACUGACGUACGGAUCCUGCUCCUGAACGGGCGUCCCCUCGAUGAUGAUGUCGAGCACGAUGAGGCUGAGACAAAGAGGGAAACUGACGUACCGAUCCUGCUCCUGAACGGACGUCCCCUCGAUGAUGAUGUCGAGCACGAUGAGGCUGAGACAAAGAGGGAAACUGACGUACCGAUCCUGCUCCUGAACGGACGUCCCCUCGAUGAUGAUGUCGAGCACGAUGAGGAUGAGACAAAGAGGGUAACUGACGUACCGAUCCUGCUCCUCAACGGACGUCCCCUCGAUAAUAAUGUCGAGCACGAUGAGGAUGAGACAAACAGGGAAACUGACGUACCAAUCCUGCUCCUGAACGGACGUCCCCUCGAUGAUGUUGUCGAGCACGAUGCGGCUGAGACAAAGAGGAAAACUGACCACGAUGAGGAUGAGAGAAAGAGGGUUUCUGACUUACCGAUGCUGCUCCUGAACGUGCGUCCCCUCGAUGAUGAUGUCGAGCACGAUGGGGCUGAGACAAAGAGAGAAACUGACGUACCAAUCCUGCUCCUGAACGGACAUUCCGUCGAUGAUAAUGUCCAGCAGGAAGAGGUUGAGACAAAGAGGGAAACUGACGUACCGAUCCUGCUCCUCAACGGGCGUUCCCUUGAUGAUGAUGUCGAGCACGAUGAGGCUGAGACAAAGAGGGAAACUGACGUACCGAUGCUGCUCUUGAACGGACGUCCUCUUGAAGAUGUUGUGCAGCAGGAAGAGGUUGAGACAAAGAGGGAAACUGACGUACCGAUGCUGCUCCUUAACAAACGUCCCCUCGAUGAUGAUGUCGAGCACGAUGAGGCUGAGACAAAGAGGGUUGCUGACGUACCGAUGCUGCUCCUUAACGGGCGUCCCCUCGAAGAUGUUGUGCAGCAGGAAGAGGUUGAGACAAAGAGAAAACUGACGUACCGAUCCUGCUCCUGA